CCCCCCGCCCGGUCCGACCGGCACCGACCGAGUGAGCGACCCCGCCAGCCCGACACCGCCCGGCCGCCACAUGGCCUCCGCGGGCAGCUCCGGACAGGCCGGCUCCGCGCCGCCGCUCACCGUGCAGCGCGGCAUCGUCAAGAUGGUGCUGUCGGGCUGUGCCAUCAUCGUGCGGGGGCAGCCCCGGGGGGGACCCCCCCCCGAGCGCCAGAUCAACCUCAGCAACAUCCGCGCUGGGAACCUGGCCCGGCGCGGGGCCCCCGGGCAGCCCGACGCCAAGGACACCCCGGACGAGCCCUGGGGCUUCCCGGCCCGGGAGUUCCUGCGGAAGAAGCUCAUCGGGAAGGAGGUUUGCUUCACCGUGGAGUACAAGACCCCGCAGGGCCGGGAGUAUGGGAUGGUGUACCUGGGGAAAGACACGAGUGGUGAGAACAUCGCCGAGUCCCUGGUGGCCGAAGGACUCGCCUCCCGUCGGGAAGGGAUCCGGGCCAACAACCCCGAGCAGAGCCGGCUGGCAGAGCUGGAGGAGCAGGCCAAGAGCGCCAAGAAGGGGAUGUGGAGCGAGGGCACGGGGUCCCACACCGUGCGGGACCUCAAGUACACCAUCGAGAACCCCCGGCACUUCGUGGACUCCCUGCACCAGAAGCCAGUCAAUGCCAUCAUCGAGCACGUGCGGGACGGCAGCGUGGUGAGGGCCCUGCUGCUGCCAGACUACUACCUGGUCACCGUCAUGCUCUCGGGCAUCAAGUGCCCCACGUUCAAGCGCGAGGCCGACGCUCCUGAGGUCCCGGAGCCGUUUGCAGCUGAGGCCAAGUUCUUCACGGAGUCCCGGCUGCUGCAGAGGGAUGUGCAGAUUGUCCUGGAGAGCUGCCACAACCAGAACAUCCUGGGCACCAUCCUGCACCCGAACGGGAACAUCACGGAGCUGCUGCUGAAGGAGGGCUUUGCCCGCUGCGUGGACUGGUCCAUCGCCGUGUACACCCGCGGGGCCGACAAGCUGCGCGCGGCCGAGAGGUUCGCCAAAGAGCGCAAACUGAGGAUCUGGAGGGACUACGUGGCCCCCACAGCAAACCUGGAUCAGAAGGACAAGCAGUUUGUGGCCAAGGUGAUGCAGGUGCUGAACGCUGAUGCCAUCGUGGUGAAGCUCAACUCCGGGGACCACAAAACCAUCCACCUGUCCAGCAUCAGACCCCCGCGGCUGGAGGGGGACAGCGCGCAGGACAAGAACCGGAAGCUGAGGCCCCUCUAUGACAUUCCCUACAUGUUCGAGGCCCGGGAAUUCCUGCGCAAGAAGCUCAUCGGGAAGAAGGUGAACGUGUCCGUGGAUUACAUCCGCCCUGCCAGCAGUGCCACCGAGACCGUGCCCGCCUUCUCGGAGCGCACCUGUGCCACCGUGUCCAUCGGCGGAAUCAACAUCGCCGAGGCACUGGUGAGCAAAGGCCUGGCCACGGUGCUGCGGUACCGGCAGGACGACGACCAGCGCUCGGCCCACUACGACGAGCUGCUGGCGGCCGAGGCGCGGGCUAUCAAGAACGGGAAGGGGCUGCACAGCAAGAAGGAGGUGCCGAUUCACCGGGUGGCCGACAUCUCCGGGGACACGCAGAAGGCGAAGCAGUUCCUGCCGUUCCUGCAGCGCGCCGGCCGCUCCGAGGCCGUGGUGGAAUACGUUGUCAGCGGCUCCCGCCUGAAGCUCCUGCCCAAGGAGACCUGUCUCAUCACAUUCCUGCUCGCAGGCAUCGAGUGCCCGCGGGGUGCCCGGAACCUGCCGGGGCUGGCACAGGAGGGGGAGCCCUUCAGCGAGGAGGCCACGCUGUUCACCAAGGAGCUCGUGCUGCAGCGGGAGGUACGGGGGGACCGACGGGAUCGGGCGGAUCCCGGAUCCCCCGGCCCAUCACGGCCCCCCAUGGAGCCCAGGCUUGGCACUGGUGUGCCCAGAGGGACGCUGGCACUGGUGCAGAUGUGGGUGUGGGUCCAGCUGUGA